AUGAAGUGGUUAAUUCUUGCUUUGGUGUGCCUUCACCUCUGUGAGGGUGAAGUUUUCAAAGUUCCUCUAAAAAGAUUCAAGUCUAUGCGGGAGGUGAUGAAGGAAAAGGGAGUUCUUGAUGAUUACCUGAAGAAUCACCAUUAUGACCCAGCCAGCAAGUACACGAAUGGUUUUGCCACUGCCAGUGAGCCCUUGGCUAAUUAUAUGGAUAUGUCCUAUUAUGGUCAAAUCAGUAUUGGAACGCCAGCCCAGAACUUCUUGGUUCUCUUUGACACUGGGUCAUCCAAUCUCUGGGUGCCUUCCGUCUACUGCCAGAGUGAGGCUUGCACAAACCAUCCAUUAUUCAACCCCAGUGACUCUUCUACCUAUUCCACCAACGACCAAACCUUCUCUUUGCAGUAUGGGACAGGGAGUCUCACUGGGAUCUUUGGUUACGAUACUGUAACUAUCCAAGGGGUUUCCAUUACCAAUCAGGAAUUUGGCCUGAGUGAGACUGAGCCUGGUACCAACUUUGUCUAUGCCCAAUUUGAUGGCAUUUUGGGUCUAGCUUACCCCGCCAUCUCCGCAGGUAGUGCUACCACCGUCAUGCAGGGGAUGAUUCAGGAGAACCUUCUCGAUGCUCCCCUUUUUGGCUUCUAUCUCAAGGGGUCUGAAGGUGGGGAACUUGUUUUUGGAGGAGUUAAUUCCAACCUAUACUCUGGUCAGAUUGUCUGGACUCCAGUCACUGAAGAAGCUUAUUGGCAAAUUGGCAUUCAAAGCUUCUACAUUGGCAAUGAGAUCACUGACUGGUGCAGCCAAGGAUGCCAAGCAAUUGUGGAUACUGGAACAUCACUCCUCACUGCCCCACAGCAGGUCUUUGCAGAGCUGAUGCAAUAUAUUGGAGCUCAGGAGAGUAAUGGCGAGUAUCUGGUCAGUUGCAGCAACAUUCAGAGCAUGCCCACCAUCACUUUUGUCAUCAAUGGAAACAGUUUCCCUCUGACUCCUUCUGCCUACGUUCUGCAGAGCAACAGUGGCUACUGCACUAUUGGCAUCAUGCCCACCUACUUGCCGUCCACAAAUGGGCAGCCUUUGUGGAUUCUUGGUGAUGUCUUCCUUAGGUCCUAUUACUCUGUCUAUGAUCUUGGAAACAACCAGGUUGGCUUUGCACCAGUAGCAUAA